ACCGUUUUAUCUCUAUAACAUAUUAGUUUUGUUAAAAUGCGUCGCCCAAAGUAUUUCACGCCGAAUGAGGUGUCCCUUCACAACACUGUCAAAGAUAUAUGGGUGUCGUAUUUGGGCAAAGUGUACGAUCUGACCCCACUACUGGAGGAAUUUAAAGGUGAUGUGUUAUUGAAGCCUAUUACAGAGUGUGCAGGAAAGGACAUCAGUAACUGGUUUGACCCAAAGACAAAGGACAUUCUUACCCAUGUUGACCUGAUGACUGGCUGCAUUAAAUACUACACCCCUAGGGGGCGCUUUAUACACAUACCCCCUCCCUGCCCUCGCACUGACUGGGCCAAUGACUUCGGGAAGCCGUGGUGGAAGGAUAACCGCUAUGAGGUCGGGCUGCUGUCUGCCAAAACUCGCUGGAUCCGCAUUAUCAACACUCUGACCUCCCAGGAACUGAGGCUGGAGGUGUGUUCAGAGGAGACCUUGGAUGAGAUUCUCCAGCGAUACCUGCGCUACAAUUCCCAUGCGUCAAGCUACACCUGGAAACACAGCGGUGUAAAUUUGGACAUGAGCAAGACCCUGAGUGAAAACGGCAUCCCUGAAGAGGACGAGUUUUACUGCGGAAGCCCAGAGUGUAACCUCUUCUCUCCAUCCAUAUGCCUGUAUUUUAACGACGACCUCACUGAACUCUAAAGACGUACGCAUUAAUAUGAACAAUGGCAUAUAAUUCAUUAGAAUAUUGUAUCCACUGCUAGCAAAUUUAUAGGCAUCUGAGCAAGAACGGCACAUCAACUAUUCAUGCGUUCAGUGCUUUAUCGAUUUCUGUCUAUGGUUAUCUUAUUGCAGCUCUCUGGGCUUCAUCCAAUCAAAAGCUGUGCUACAGAAUAAAAAAGAUGAAUGUCAGCCUACAUAAUAAACCCCUGAACCAUAAAGUCUGGUGGUUGCCAUGGUAAUUGCUCAGAGGAAAUGCAGCAGCUACUGUAUUGUAGGCCACAGCGGGCUCUCAACCCUAAUUAAGUAGCAUUAUAUAUGUAUGCAUGUACACAGAAUUGAUUUCAUGCAACCAACAUAUUAAUGAAAUCACUACUUUAUGAGA